AUGAUCAGCCACACCCUGACUUCCAACAUAUAUAGAAGUCUAAGGCCUCCUGGUAUGAGUCGUCUGACUGGUGAUCAUAACAGGUGGCGGUACAUACGGACGCAGCUCAGUCAGCCAGGGCUUUCACUGAUAGAACAGUUGGAGCAGUCCUUGUCCUUCACUCCUUCCCGGGAGGAGGCGUACCUAGUAGAUGUCAGCCAUUGCUGGUACUUCAGGCUGUGGUACGAGCACGAGCAUGGAGGAGGCUUUGUAGUGGUGUCGCAGCUUGACGUCUGUGAAGAACAUCUUCACCCUGAGCAACAGCAGUGGAGCUUCAGGAUGGAGCCACAGCCCUCCCACAUUAAGAAGGAAGAGGAAUACCCACUCAUCACCCAUUUUAAAGAGGAAGAGGAGGACCCACUGACCCCUCACAUUAAAGAGGAUGAGGAGGAACACAGCAUCAGUCAGCAGGGAGAGCAUCUUGAAGGACUGGAGGAGGUUGAUGUCACCAAGAUGCCAGUGACUGGUGUCCCUGUGAAGAGUGAAGAUGAUGAGGUCAAAGGUGAGAGUGAGGAGAAGAGAGAGGCGGAGCCUCCAAGCAGCAGCUCAACACAACACAUGACAACAGAAGCUGAUGGAGACCACUGUGGAGGAUCACAAGCAGACAAGAUCUUAGCUCCACUAUCAGAUAGUGAGGACACAACGUCACACUCUCCUGACACUGAUGAUGAAGACUCUAAAGAUGAUGCAACAUGUCACACUGACAACACUCACUUCACAUGUUCUCACUGUCACAAAACUUUUAAAUACCAUAGUGAUCUGAAAACACACACAAGAAGACACACUGGAGAAAAACCUUUUUCUUGUUCAUUCUGUGGUAAAGGUUUCACACAAAGGCAAUCUUUGAAAAUACACAUGAGAGCACACACUGGUGAAAAACCCUUUCCCUGUUCAACCUGUGGUAAAGGUUUUACACAUAGUCAACAUUUGAAAGUACACAUGAGAACACACACUGGUGAAAAACCUUUUUCCUGUUCAACUUGUGGUAAAGGUUUUACACAAAGUCAGAGUUUGAAAAGACACAAGAGAACACACACAGGUGAAAAACCUUUUAUCUGUUCAAUCUGUAGUAAAGGUUUUAGACAAAGUCAAUAUUUGAAAGUACACAUGAGAACACACACUGGUGAAAAACCUUCUUCCUGUUCAAUCUGUGGUAAAGGGUUUACACAAAGUCAAUCUUUGAAAGAACACAUGAGAACACACACUAGUGAAAAAAACUUUUCCUGUUCAACUUGUGGUAAAGGUUUUACACAAAGUCAACAUUUGAAAAGACACAUGAGAAGACACCCAGGAGAGAAAGUGUGUAGUUGCAGUGUGUGUGGUGAAAGAUUGUCUUCUAAGUACCAGUGUAAGAAACACAAGUGUGCUGGUGAGAACAGCAGCAGCAAAUGAAACUGCAGGAUUUGAAAUAAACUGUCAAGACUUUAAUGUUGACUUUCUAACAACAUCAGCACAUAUAACAUGUGUGACAUCAUUGUUGUUUGUGUAACUAUCUUGUUAAUAUGCUUCUACAUUUUUUUUUUUAACGUUGAUGUUCCAGGUAAUCUUAUUUUCAGUGAAGGUUUAGGAUAGCCAAAUAUAAGCUUUGGCUUAGCCUAUUCCUUUUUCGGUCAUGCUUUUUCUUUUCUUUUCUUUUCCUUUUGUGUGUAAAUGUGUAUGAUUGUUAUAAAUGUAUAGUCUGUCACACACAAUGGUUAAUGGUUGAUGGUUGAUUCUAUGACCGAAAUAAACUUAUUUCAUUCAUUCAUUCAUUCAUUCAUUUAUAGAUUAGAUAGUUUGAAAUAUGGAUGUAUUACAUAAA